AUGUCUUCAACACAACUUUCUUCAGAGGAGAUAGCCGAGGAUUAUAGAUCCUCUUUGGAAGAUCUAGCCUUCAACUCAAGAUAUGAGAUCAGCAAUUUGACGGUUAUCGCGAAAGAAAACAUACACGCUGCACAGGCAAUAGCUAGAACUAUCGAAGAACAUAUCACCAAAACUUCGCCUAACAGGAAACUCCCUGCCCUGUAUUUGCUGGACUCAGUUGCUAAAAAUGUUGGAACACCUUACACACUCUUCUUCCAACGAGAUCUCUACUCGACGUUUAUGAAUGCCUACUCAAAGGUUGAGCCUUCUGUACGACGGAAGUUGGAGGAGAUGCUUCACACAUGGAAACAACCGGUCCCCAAUUCUUCAUCAAGCAAUCCAGUCUUUUCUUCAGAGGUAACACGCAAAAUAGACAAUGCUCUUAUUAAAGCCAGAACUGCUGCUCUCCAACAUCAACAGAAGCAGAUGAAACAACAGAGUCAGGAUCCAAAAGCUUACAAUAGAUCUAUCGCUACACCACCGCCACCACAGCUGCUCCCACAAUACAAAAAUACACCACCGCCUGUAGCCAAUGGCCCUUCGCAAUACAUGAACGGGCAAAGCUAUGACUACGGGAACAAUGGCCAAGGUGUCUAUGGCAGAAAUACGGUUGGUUACAGGAGAGAAUAUCCCACCAUGCAACCCUCUGCUCAUUCGACCGGGCAUUCAAGUGUUGAUACUCUUCUCGGCGAUAUAUCUGGUCUUAUUGAGGUUUCGCAGAAGAGGUUUGCAGAGGAUCCACUUAAUCAAGAGAUACAGAAGAGGUUAAAGGCUUUGCUUGACUUGAAGGCUAUUUUACAGACGCAACAGCUUCCCCCAGCUCAACUUGCGCUGGUCAGAGAACAGGUGACGAGACUAGCUAACCCAACACCUCCCCCCGCUCAGGACCUAGCGGCGUUGUUGGCGACUGCUACUCAAAACCAGCCUUUGGUUGUUCCUCCACCACCUCCGCCACCACCUCCGGCUCCAACGCCGCUGUUACCCUCAGCUCUACCUAACUUAUUUGCACCCUCUGGCGAUGCAGCUUCUCUAUUUGCUUCAUUACGAAAAGCAGGUUUGCUACCACGACCGCCUGCUAACAUUCCACCACCGCCCCCGCCACCCCCUACUGGGUUGCCUCCAUUCCUAUUCCCAAUUCCGGGAAGUAAUUUCACACCACCUCCAAUCCCCCCGCAGAUCCCAAUCCGGCAAGGUAAACUUGAUUGGCGUUCAAUAGACGUAGAAAUGAAUACUAUGUCCCUUAAAAUACCACGGCCGCACCUCUUACCUUUACUCAACGAGGCACUCCCGAACCAGUGUAGUUCAUGUGCGCGAAGAUUUGCCGAUUCGGAAGCAGGGAAAAAAGAGAAGGCCUCACAUCUCGACUGGCAUUUUCGCGUGCACCAGCGGAUGGCGGAGAGCGUGAAGCGCGGUCAGAAUAGGAGUUGGUAUCUUGGAGAAGAGGAAUGGAUCAAAUCGCGGGAUGAUGGCGAGGACUCCUCCUCUCUAGCACCCAACCCAAAUAGCCACCCCAACAGCGGCAAUAACGCCAUCGGCGUCUCAUCAUCAUCCUCCUCCAACCCAAACUCGUCCUCGAACAACCCCGAUCCUAAAGACCAAUACGUCAUCAUCUCCGACCCAUCCAAGACCCGUGCUGUAUGUCCAAUCUGUCAAGAGGAACUGAAAUACGAGUGGCACGACGAGAGCGAGGAAUUUGUCUUCAUGGACGCGAAGCAGGUCGGUGCCAGGAUUUACCAUGCUAGCUGCCAUGCGGAGGCUAGCAAGGAUACCGCCGCUGGGAACUCAAGCCGUGGGACAACCCCGCCGGACAGUGGAUCUGGGGGGAAGAGGAAGGCUGAGGGAGAUUCUGGUGGGCCGAGAGUUAAGGUAAAGCGGGAGGUACAUAUAUGAAGUAUGAAACAUUGGGAAAAGUAAUAUAGUCCUGUUCUUUUCUUUUUCUUCUCUUCUACUUAUUACACUUUCUUGCCAGCCCUUUUUCUUUCUUCUUUUGCUAUCCAAGUAGCUUCGCUACCAUAUCUUUGUCAGAUCUGGAUUUGCAUUUCAUUAUGUUUCUCUUUUUUUCCGCGUUUACGUCUGCUACCUCUUGCGAUGGGUAAUUUCCUUUACGGCCUUUUCGUUGUAUAGGCGUUGCGGGUAUGUGGCUGGGCUGUGGUUAGGCUUCUCUAGGGGUGGACGGCUGUGGAUGGAUUGAUUGAUGGAUGAAUAGAUGGGUAGGGCUGACGGCGAUGUCCGGGGGGGUAGGACAUGGUACAAAAAAAACGGUGUGAUGGCAUGAGAACCGGGGGUUGGUCACUCGGUUGGUUGUGAUAGUUGUACAGUAGUUUCUCUUCAAGUUAGUCUGGUUUUUUUUUUUCUUG